AGAAAAUAUGUCUUUUUCACAGUGGACAGAGGUCAGAAGGUCAGUGAGCAGAUUGUCAUUGGCACCCCCGGGACCGUCCUGGACUGGUGCUCCAAGCUGAAGUUCAUUGACCCCAAGAAGAUCAAGGUGUUUGUUCUGGACGAGGCUGACGUGAUGAUAGCAACUCAGGGCCACCAAGACCAGAGCAUCCGCAUCCAGAGGAUGCUGCCCAGAAACUGCCAGAUGCUGCUCUUCUCUGCCACCUUUGAAGACUCAGUGUGGAAGUUUGCCCAGAAGGUGGUCCCAGACCCCAACAUCAUCAAACUUAAGCGUGAAGAGGAGACUUUGGACACCAUCAAACAGUAUUAUGUCCUUUGCAAUAACAGAGAGGAGAAGUUCCAGGCCCUGUGCAACCUGUAUGGGGCCAUCACCAUCGCCCAAGCCAUGAUCUUCUGCCAUGUGAGUAGCUGCUGCAGGCCUGCA